UCGUCUACUUGUCCUCGAUCCUGAACGUCGUCGACAUGGAUCCCAUCAGCAGGACGAAGACCCACUGUCUGCAGAUCAUCACCGAGGAGAAGAGUUACCGAUUCUGCGCCCACGACGAAGAAUCCCUGGUUCAGUGUCUAGGAGCUUUCAAGAGCUUGCUAGCAAAGAGGCGGGAGCUUGAGGCCAAAGCGGCCGCCGCUUCUGCACCUGCCUGAUGACUGUUAUGUUAUGCUUUGGAUGGCCUCGGCCCCUUCAUUUUCUCCUUCUCAUUUAUUUAUGAUGACCAUUGUUUUGGCAAAUACCCGGUUAGCGAUGGCGUUUGGACGCCAGCCAGCCAUCAUGACCCUCAACCGUCGAGAUGCAUAUGGGCGCGGUCUUUUAGUGGAGUUUUGUCGGCAUUAUACCUAUGUUUUUUUACGAGAUCGACGGACGGCACGGAGCUAUGAUGAUUGUAUUUUAAGCGGUCUCUUACCUUCUCUUACCUGCAGUUUGCUAGGUUUUGGUGCUUGGGAAACGACGAUUCAUGAGAAUGACCAACGUUACUUCCUGCCUCGAUGGGGCAUACUGGUUAUAAAACAGCACCCUCACUGUAAUAAUAAAGCCUACUGUAUACUCUGUGUGUUGGCACGGAACCUUGACGAAAUUGACGAAACAAAACAUCUACUAUCCCAAAGGUUCCUGAACCCGCAGUUCCCGAUCGAAACAGGCGUGCAAACGGACGCUGCAGCCCAUUCCGCCAGGACAUGACAAUCAAUCUUUUGCCGGUUGAGGACGAGCUGGAACCCCUCACUGCAUGGGGUCAGACCAAGCGGUCUGGCCAAACUCAUAGAGUCACCUGAGGUUGCGGCUGGGAGGAUGGUUCGCCUGGUUAGACGUGUCGUACUAUAUACCCCCGUCUGGCUCAGAUGGGAA